AAGUUCCCUCAGGAACAGGUGCAAUGGCCUCCCCUUCGGCCUCCUAUUCCCUCCCCACCCCUCUCCCAGAAGACCUCCACCCUUACCUUCAGGCCCAACAACGAGCCGUUCUUUCCUCCCUGCACCAGCCCUCUGCGAGAACCGAAGGUGCUGAGGGCGCCGUUGCCGCGCUUUCUACCUUGCUGCGGGGUACGGUUGAGAGGGGCGAGGGGAAUAGCUGUUUGGUCUUAGGACCUAGAGGGUGUGGGAAGACCCGGUCCGUAGAACUGGCCCUCAAGACUCUCCCACUCACGCCACUCGUCGUCCGUCUCUCCGGCCUCACGCAUCCCGAUGACCGUUCCGCCCUCCGAGAGCUGCAUCGCCAAGUCCUCCAUUCCCUCGGGCAGGCCACUCUCCCCGCCAACAGUGUUGAAGAAGACCCAGAGGAAGAGGAAGACACUGCGCCCUUUGCUGCCCUCCCACCUCUGCAGCGGCCACUUGUGGUCCUCCUCAGCGAAUUUGACGUCUUCUGCUUACGGCCAAGACAGGCGUUGCUCUAUGUCCUACUCGACGCCGUACAGGGCUUGAGAGGAGGAGGGAUGGGGAUUGCGGUCGUAGGGAUGACCUCUCGUAUUGACUGUGUCAACCUUCUGGAAAAACGUGUCAAGUCUAGGUUCUCGCAUCGAAUUAUUCGCGUCACUCCAACAAAAGACGCAGAGGAGUACAUCGCUCUCACCCGAGAAUUGUUGACACCGGAACUAUCUAACACUCCGGAGUUAGAAGAUGGGAUGGAUCAAUGGGUUGGUUUAUGGAGUAAAGGUGUGGAGGUGAUGUUGGAAGAUAAGGAGGCGUGUACCAUACUUCGCCAGACCUGGGAGCUGGUACACGACAUCCGGGUAUUACAGCGGAUUCUCACGGAGCUGAUGACACUACUCACUCCGUCCAAACCGUGGCCCACAUCCGCUCUUCUCUCCCUCUCUUUAACAGCCCAGCGUGCCCCCAACCAACACGCGCAUGUACCCACUCUCCCCGCCCCUGCCCUAGGGCUGCUUAUCGCCGUGCACCAAGCUGGCUCGGCGGGGCACGACGUGUUUACUUUCCAACUGCUGGAGCAUACGUACAGGGCGUUUGCGAGGGAUCAUGCAGGUGCUUUUGCUGGUCAGGGGCAAGGAGGUGCAGGAGGCCCAGCGCCUAGGGAGUCGCUCCUUUCCGCAUUCGAUGACCUUGUCCGUACAAGAAUCUUCACCCCUGCGGCAUUGGCCUUCGCCCCGGCCAUGCGGGAAUUUAGCAAGUACAGGUGUACACUAGAGAGGGUGGAGAUCGAGGAUGCUGUUAAGAAGGGUGGGAAUACGGGAGUGAAAAAAUGGCUGAAGAGCUGGUCGGGACGUUGAAU